AUGGGCAAAUCGUCCCAUAGGAGUAGAAAGAGAAGAAGUACCUCCCCGGAGGAUCGCCUAAGGAACAUUGAAAGUAAGCUAGCGCGCUUAAACGAUGUGCUAGCACGAGGAGAGGUUAGGACGCAAGGUCGCCUCUCGUCACCUACGCCCGUGUGCCCUUUCCCGGUGCGUGGAAAUGAAUCUAAUCCACGCAGCGAGGUUUCCGAUAAUAGGGAAAACAGGGACGGGUCGCUUGAGAGUUUUCCAGCAACGCCUGCUAGUCAGGAAGGGCUGAGAGAUUCGCAUUCAGAAGCGGUAAGUGGCUACUUGAGUGACCGAGAGUUACAAUCUGUGGCUCCAGUAGACAGGGCAGUAGAGCUAGUCGAUAACUGUCAAUUGCCUCCAACGGAAGAUGAGUCUGUGAACAUCCUGGCUAAGGAAUUGUUUGGGUCCGACCCUGAGGGGACGGACGUGGCAACCUGGAACGAGAUGGUGAUCCAGAAAUGGCAGACCAUCACUCGACAGGGACUACCGACAGAACAGCGAGCCCCAUUGCUAAAGAAGUACUCACCUCCGGAGGCAAUAGCCUUUCUCAAGGCACCACAACUGAACCCAGAGUGUAAAUCUGGAUUAGGAAGCAACUCAAUUCGUAAGCGAGACGAGUACAACACAAAAAAUCAAGACCAGGUAGGAAUAGCCUUGUAUGCCUUGGGCGAAGCCAUCUCAGACUUUCUCAGGCCAGAGAUUCAAUCGUCCCUAACCCCUGAGGCUCGCGGAGCGGUGGCCAAGGUCCAUGAGGGUGCCAAGGUGUUGGCUGACCUAUUUUUUCGCUUGUCUUUAGCUAGAAGGGCUCAAAUUACACCUGCUUUCAGCUUGCUCGCUAAGACGACCGCAAACGCGAUUCCCGCGGACAAUUUUCUAUUUGGCACCUCAUUUGGAGAGGAAUUAAAGAAGGCAUCUACUAUGGAGAAAUCUUCAAGAGACAUGAUGAGAACACCGCUAUCAAUCUCAAACAGGUCACAACAGCCAAUCAAGCAACCAAUAGGACCAACCACAACCGGCCUCAACGAGGAGGACAGGGGCGAGAACCAACGAGCGCCGGUCGUCACGCCGAUCGAGAUCCCACUCGAGGAGACAUUAGCGGGCUGCGAGGUAUUAAUCGCUGGCAGACUAUCCCUAUUUCUUGCUCAAUGGAGGAAGAUCACUACUGAUCGAGAAAUUCUGCAGGCCAUCUCCGGCUAUAGGUUACCUUUCUCCCACCAACCUCCCGCGCAGACAGUCGAACCUACCAUUCAAAUGUCGCAGGAAGAAAUAAUUAUUUGCAAGAAGGAAAUCGCUAGGCUUUGCAAAAGAGGAGCGAUUGAGCCUGUAAGCAAGUGUAAAAACCAAUUUUUAUCCCCUUUCUUUCUCAUUAGAAAGACCUCGGGAGGCUGGAGGUUCAUUUUGAAUUUGAAGCGUCUUAACGAGUUUAUCACAGUUCCUCAUUUUAAAACAGAAGACUGGAGAACAGUUGUACAAUUAUUAUCUCCAGGGGAUUUUCUUGCGACAAUUGAUCUGGAGGACGCGUACCUUCUUUUGCCGAUCCAUCGGGAAGAUAGACAUUUUCUACGUUUUAGCUUCUCAGGCCAGUUUUUUCAGUUUAGGGUGCUACCCUUUGGCCUAGCCUCUGCGCCGUACAUAUUCACUAGAAUAUUAAAACCUAUCUUACACCAUAUCAGACAAAGGGGAAUAUUCUCAGUGGUCUUUCUGGACGAUUUUUUGCUAAUGGCGCCCUCGCGCAGUCAGAGUGAGGAAAACGUGUCCGUUGUACUGAACCUGCUCUCCUCUCUAGGUUUCAUAGUCAAUAAGCGGAAAAGUAGUCUCUCUCCUCAGAGAUCCUGUCGCUAUUUAGGCUUUAUCUUUGAUACUGACCAUUUCUCAAUUUCUAUCCCACAGGACAAACGAAGUAAACUUCUCCACAGGACCUUGGAUCUUUUAACCAGGUCCGCUUGUAAAAUUCGUUUCCUAGCAAGUUACAUCGGAUCCUUGAUUUCCAUAUGCCCAGCGGUCCAAUACGGAUUGUUACACACAAAGAUCUUGGAAAGAGAGAAAUUUCUGGCACUCGCUGCCUUGGACGGAGACUUUGAGGCUCGAAUGACUCUCCCAGCCUCAAUAAAAGAGGAUCUCCGAUGGUGGGGGUCCAUCUUCGCGGACCCGACACAGCGCAAUAUAAUUUGUCCAGGAAAAUUUAUCCUUGAAAUAUUCGCGGACGCUUCCUUGACCGGCUGGGGCGCAGUUUGCAAAGGAUCAAGAACACACGGGUUUUGGUCAUCGAACGAUAAAAAGAACCACAUUAAUUACUUAGAGCUUCUAGCAGUUUUCUACGCUCUGAGAUGCUUCGCAUCUCAGUUAAGAGAUUGCGAAAUUCUGAUAAGAGUCGAUAAUCUGACAGCCUUAUCCUAUAUUAAUCGCAUGGGCUCGAUCAGAUUCCCUCACUUGUCAAAGCUAGCGAGAAAGAUUUGGUGCUGGUGCGCGGACCGAAAUCUGUUUAUCUAUGCGGCAUAUAUCCCCUCAGCCCAGAAUAUUGAAGCGGAUACAGAAUCAAGGGCCGUUUCAGAAGAAACAGAAUGGUGCCUACAACAGAGCUAUUUUGAUAAAAUCAGCUCUGUUUUCGGUUUCUUUGACAUCGACUUAUUCGCUUCCUCGAUUAAUAAGAAAUGCCCUUGUUUUGUCUCAUGGCUACCCGACCCUCUGGCGUUUGCCGUUGACGCAUUCUCCUUACAUUGGGGAAGUUUUUAUUUUUAUGCAUUCCCUUCUUUCAUCCUCAUCCUAAGAACCCUUCGUAAAAUAAUAACAGAUAAAGCGGAAGGUGUACUGGUGGUUCCGUGGUGGCCGGCGCAACCGUGGUUCCCUCUUUUUGAGCAAUUAAUGAGAGUUCCAUCCAAAGUGGAGAACAAUUUCCCUGGCGGCCGCGAAAUUAUCCGCCAGGCCUUCCUGUUCCGAGGAACCCCAGCUACGGCGUUAGACAUAACGCUUGCGUCCAUCACGAACUCCACUAUCGCGCAAUACACUAAGCCCUUGAGAUUGUGGUGGUGCUUCUGCAAGGAGAAAGAGAUUAACUGCUUUUCCCCACCAAUCCCGUUGGUACUGGAGUUCUUAUCUAAGGCAAUGAGCAACAUCGGCUACUCCAGUAUAAAUUCUUAUCGCUCGGCAAUCUCUUUGGUGUCCGCAGAGGAGGUGGGUUCACACCCCUUGGUAAGAAGAUUUCUCAGAGGAGUAGCGGCACUGAAACCGCAACGCCCCCGAUACGAUUUCGUUUGGGACCCAUCGCCGGUCAUAGCUCAUUUGGCCAGCUUAUACCCAUAUGAAGAUCUCCCAUUCGACAGGAUACCUAAGAAGCUGGUAACCUUAUUCGCGCUAACAACCGCGCAAAGGCUCCAGACCCUAACAGCUAUCCAAAUUACUAAUAUAACCAUUUCAGAUUCAUUAGUUAUAAAGAUCCUGGCUAGACUGAAGACAUCAAAAAUUGGGAAAUCCCAACCGCUCCUAAUUUUCAAUCCCUUCUUAGCCAAACCAGAACUUUGCAUCGUCAGGCUAGUGAAGGUUUACCUUGAGCUCACCCAGGAAAUCAGACAGGAGGGAUGUAAUGCACUCUUUAUCUCCUUACGUCCUCCGCAUAGGGCGGUAACGUCUCAGACCUUGGGCCGCUGGGUCAAAGAUAUAUUGGAAGAAGCAGGAAUUGACAUUUCCGUUUUCUCUGCCCAUUCUACUCGGCACGCCUCUACUUCCUUUGCAGCUAGCAAAGGGGUUAACUUAGAAGAAAUCAGACAAACAGCGGGAUGGACCGAAACCUCAAGAGUAUUCGCGCAAUUUUACAAUCGACCAAUUAUCAAGGACCCAGCCUUCCAAAACGCAAUUCUGGAUAUGCCCUAA